AUGUCUGUUGCCAUAAAAGAAAUGAUUCACCGAAUGUUUAAAAAUAUGAUAUCUCAUAUGAACUAUCCUCGAUUUAAUACAAGAACAAAUGCGAUAAAUAAUCUUGCAAGGGAUCCAAGUCUUUAUACAAUAUUGUCAAAUUGGUAUGUUAUGGAAAAUCUGUCUGUUUAUACAAACGAUCAAAGUAUUGAAAAUAGAAGUGAUAGUAAUACUGUAAAUAAUAGUAAAGUUGAAAGUGUAGGUCUAUCAAAGAGUUUAGACACUAAGCAUCCAUUCUUCCAAGAUCUAUAUAAAGCAUAUGAUGAUUACUUAAAUUCUAAGGCUGCACUAAUAAACAAAAAAUUAGAAUUUUAUAAUUUGAUCAUGUAUACUGUUCUUGAAGAUAACCAAGAUCCAGUCUAG